CUGGGAAGGUUUGUGGAAGGGGAAUAAAAGUUUUUUAAAUAUACCCAGGAGGUCAGCAAGCAGCACGGAAUGCUGGAGGUGGUAGAGGAGGUCAAGCAAGAGCAGCAGCCAAUGCGAAGUUUGGCAUGACUCUUGAAGAAGCGAAGCAAAUCCUCAAUGUUGACAAACUUGAGAAGGAUGCCAUAAAAGCAAGUUAUGAACACCUAUUCAAAGCUAAUGACAAGUCCAAAGGUGGUUCAUUCUACAUUCAGUCGAAGGUGGUGAGAGCUAAAGAAAGGCUUGAUCAGGAAGUUUCUCAAGAGACUUCAAAAACAGCAAAGGAGUCAACAUCAUGACAAAAGUGAUUGCUCUUUGAUGAGCAGCAAACAGUACCUAGUGUUCAAUUUUGUUUCUAGGCAUUAAGUAGAAGUAUGUGAGGAAUAAAAAUAACUUCUGUCUAAA